UGUAAAGCAUUUAUUAAAAUGCACUAACGCGGCACAACAAAUCAAUAAAAUAUGUUAAUUUGUUAAAUAGUGUUUUCAAUAAAUAGUAAAAUCGUAAUUAUUAAAGUAAAAAAAAUGGCCAAUAAUUGUGUUAUAUCAUUCGAUCAAAAUGAAUAUGGCACCUAUUUUACCGGCCAGCUAUUAACGGGAAAAGUUGUAAUAACAUUAAACAAACCGAAAAAGUUUAAAGGCAUUAAAUUACAAAUUAAUGGUUAUGCCCAAUGUCAAUGGCGCGAACGACAUGGCCGCAAGAAACCCAUUUACAAAACAAAUUUAAAAAAGAGACAUAUUUUCUAUGGCCAUGAAGAUUAUAUAGCAUCGACUACAUAUUUGGUGGGCUCUGAGGAGGGACAAAAUUUUGCCAUAGAUUCGGGUACACAUACAUAUACUUUUAGCUGUCCCAUACCCAUAAAUUGUCCCUCAUCAUAUGAAGGUGCUUUUGGACAUAUUAGAUAUAUGGUAAAGGUGACAUUUAUCAGAUCGGGUGCCUCGAACCGUACACAUACUAAGGGGUUUACGGUAUUGAAGUUACUAGAUUUGAAUAGAGAGUCUGCUCUAUUAAAGAGUCCUGCCUGUAAUGAAUCCUUUGAGAACUUUUGCUUUUUCAAUACCAAAGCUGUGCACUUAAGAGUGGAUGUCACCCAAACCGGUUAUGUGCCGGGACAAAUGAUUUUGGUUAGUUCUCAUGUCAAUAAUGAAUCCAGUGCUGAUGUUAAGAAACUUUUGAUUACAUUAAAUCUGCGAGCCACCUACAUAUCAGACACACCCUGUAUGCGCACUAUUUCCGAGAAACUUUGUUUGGUUAAGAAACACUGUGGUCCAGUGGCUCGCCAUACCUGCCGAGAUUUUGCCGAAAUCAUAAGAGUACCAGCCACACCACCCACCUGUGAUCAUUUGAGCAAAGUGGUGCGGCUUUCCUAUGAGAUUUGUGUAAAGGCCAUCAUGAAUCAUUUUAUGCAAAAUCCCAAAACCGUAAUACCAAUAACUAUAGGUAAUGUGCCAUUAGUUACACAAGCCAUUGAGGUAGAACCGCCCGCCAUUGAUGAUGUGCCCACAACAUCAGCAUGUGCCAUGCAGCGGGCCGAGGGAGAUGAUCACAAUUUGUUGAGUGAAGAAACGGAAGUUGACUAUGAAUUGCCUCCUCCCACCUAUGAAGAGGCCAUGUUUAUGACCACUAAUAUAGCUGAUGACGAUGCCAAUACUGUUAGUGAAAAUGCUCAAUUUACUCCACGUUAUCCGGUCUAUGAUGUUGAUAAUAUUGUUAUGACGAAUGCUAUGGCUCUCAGUCCUCCACCAAAUCCUCCUCAAAAACGACGUAAACGUAAAACGAAGUCAACUCAACCAGAAAUGUCGAGCAUCGAAGAAAAGCCAUCCAGAGAGUCACCAGUGGAGAUUUAAUUGUUUAUAUUUUGUGCAUUUCGGGGAAGUUGUUGAAAAGUAUAAAUAUGUAAAGAUAUUUAAUAAAUGAAAUUAUAUUGUAA